AUGCCGCUUCAUAAUUACGGUGUCUGGAAAGCAACCCCUGUAUCCUACGUCGUUGAACAUGAAGAGGAUGACAAUAAAAGCCCCCAUUUAUCACUGUACUUCAGUGAUAAAGGAGGACCGAGUCACCAUUCUGGCCAAAUGUUUCGCCGACUCAGACGCCAUUCUGGCCACAAGAUUCACCGGGCCGUCCGAGGUAACAAAGAAAUUCCCGGGCUCUUCAGAGCUGCAAUCAACAUCAAGUCUGGUGACAAGAAGGAAUCGCGACUUACCUACUGGGUGGAUCACGACUUCAAAAAUCACCCUAUCGUCAAUAGUCUCACCGACCUAUCCUCGGGGUAUUAUCCUCUCGAAGAAACGGAGCCAAACCCUGCUGGUGUGAGGUUAGACUACAUCCGGAGUAACUUAUUCAAUAUCAACACCGGUCGAAUCCUACCCCAUGACAUACCAGGCUCGAACAAUGAUAUGAUUGAUGUUCUAGAACCUGAAGUCAAACAGGCGAUCGACGAUAACGCCGAUAUUUACCUAUUUGGAGAACCGUUUAACGAUCGAAAAGGUAUUCACAAUGUGCAUAUGAAUCAAGGCAACGUUAAACAAUUCGCAAAUGAUGACGGGGUGUUCCAAGAUGGUGGCCUUUUGAUCCACUACCCACGCUCUGGUCGAUGGGUUGGGGUUUUUCUCGGAUUCGCAUCACAAGCUGUGCACACCGAUAAUUCCGACGGGCAUGCCAUAUCAUCAGAGACCUGGGGUCACUAUCUAGAGAGAGAGAAGAGAGAUACCGAGCUGACUGAGGACUCCGUGAUAAUAGACGAGGCGUUGAUAAACCCCGAGUCAGAUAGUUCCCGAGCCAGACGAAGGUCGGUUACUCUCACAAAUCCGAAAGACCACACGAUGCCCCUGUCUUCUUGGAAAAUUAAAAAUUCGGCUGGCGAACUCCAAGUACUGCCGCCUAAUGCAGCUUUGGACGCCAAAUCAACGCAAACGUUCGAAAUUCCGGAUGUUCAUCUCUCGAAACUUGGCGAUACCAUCACACUGUUGAAUGAAGAAGGACUGAAAGUUGACGGGGUAAGCUAUCGCUCUCAGCAGGGAGUUGAAAGGCAACCAGUUGCCUUUGUUCAUUAA